CCCCGCACCGCCCUGCAAGACAUCGGCAACCGCGUCGCCGAGUCAAAGGAGAAGACCGUCAUCAUCAAGAAGACAGCGGUGCAUGGGAGCCAUGGGCAGCAGCCCAGCACCAUGCCCGCGCCCGCCACCUCCCUGGACAAGCCGGUUGUCAGGAAGACACUCAGGGCUGUCACCAAGGAGCUGGAGCCCAAGACAGAGCCCAAGCCGGACCCCAAGCAGCCGGAGCUCUGCUCUCCAUCCCCCAUGGAGGUCUGUGAGCGGGCUAUGCCCAAGAAUGUGGUGUGUCAGCCUUUCUCUGAAGAUUUGCUUGACAUCCAAGAUGUUGACAAGGAAGAUGAUGACGAUUCGAACCUCUGCAGCAACUAUGUGAAGGACAUCUACAAGUACCUGAGAGACCUCGAGGAGACUCGACCUGUCAGACCCAAAUACCUGGCUGGCCAGGAAAUCAGUGGGCACAUGCGUGCCAUACUUGUAGACUGGCUUGUGCAAGUACAGAUGAAGUUCAGCCUCCAGCAGGAGACCCUGUACAUGACAGUUGCUAUCAUUGAUCGCUACCUGCAGGACAAUGCUGUUUCCAAGAAGACGUUGCAGCUGAUUGGCAUCACGGCUAUGUUCAUUGCCAGCAAAUACGAAGAGAUUUUUCCUGUCAAUAGUGAAGACUUUGUCUAUAUAACUGAUAACGCUUACACAAAGAUCCAGAUCUGCCACAUGGAGAUCAAGAUCCUGCAAGCCCUGGACUUUGGUCUGGGUCACCCUCUCCCUCCCCAUUUCCUAAGGAGGGCUUCAAAGGUUGGACAGGUGGAUGUUAAACAGCACUUGCUGGCCAAGUACCUGAUGGAGUUGUCCAUUGUGGACUAUGAUAUGGUUCACUUCCCUCCAUCCAAGACAGCAGCAGCUGCUUCUUGUUUGGCUCUGAAACUCCUCAAUGGAUGUGAGUGGACACCAACUCUGCAACACUACAUGUUUUAUGCUGAGGAUGACCUUCUCCCUGUUAUGCAGCACUUAGCGAAGAAUGUAAUUACUGUGAAUGAGGGCCUCACCAAGCAGGUGACAAUCAAGAACAAAUACGCCUCCAAGAAACAUGGCAAGAUAAGUGACAUUGAACAGCUGAACUCUUCUCUCAUAAAGAAGCUAGCCAAACCUCUGAUUAAGAAAUUGUAA